AGCUGCAGCCACCGGGACUUGGAAUACGAUCAUGAAACUGCUUCAGGAUUCAGAGGACGCCAAGGCCGAGAGAAAGGUAUCAUUUAUGCUUCCAUGCAGAUAUUUCAGAUUAUUUAGAAGUGUCUGUCAUGCCUGGUGCACAUCACUCUGUAGAGCUAUGGGACAAAAGACUGGAACAUGUGUGGAACAUGUUUCAGUGGUUUGUCUCGCAUCCUUCAUUAAUCCUCGUUUGCGUCCCGCAGAGUCUCAAACCCCAGGUGGAGAGGCGUAGGAGGGAGAGAAUGAACCGCAGCCUGGAGAGCCUGAAAACUCUUCUGAUAGAGAGACAGGAAGCGUCUCAGCGCAGAGUGGAGAAAGCUGAGAUCCUCGAGCACGCGGUCCUCUUCCUGCAGAACUCGAGAAGACCCGGGGAAGCUGAUGGAGGUGGUGGUCAGAAACACCUCCAAGACGGCUUCUCCACCUGCCUCCAGACGGCGGCUCAGUUCCUGGGGCCCAAGGGGAAAGGCCUGUUGCUCGGAGCGGCGCUGGACGCGGCGUCUCUCGCGGCUCGCUUCUCCCGCGCCUCGGACUCCGAUUCCGCCGGAGCCCAAAGGAGGAGAACCGAAGCUCGUUCCUCCUCCGGCUGCCUUCUCCUCGGGAAGUCCUCCAGGUCUAUUCUCCAGCUGCUGAUACAGAGAUCCGGGCACAAGCUGAUGUGCACGCCCGCCCUCGCCACUGUGCCGAGCUGCGUCCUGCAGACCCGCGGCGAGUCGCAGAGCUCCGGCACGUCGACCCCCCUCCAGCCGAGUCGCGCCGGCAAACAGAGCGCGGCCCCGAGCCAAGCGGCCGGCCAGUCGAUGUGGAGGCCGUGGCCCUGUAGUGGAGGCCGCGGCCCUGAUGCCCAACCUGAACUUUUGAAUGACUCUAUAAUGCCGAUUCAUAAUCCACAAAAGAAGAUCAUGUGUUCAUCUGACUUCCUACAGGGACGUGUUCAGUGCAAUGUGUUGAACUCCGACCUCUCCAUGCCUUUUCUGUAAAGUCUGAUACAUUUGUAGAUUUUGUAAAUCUAUGGUGAUCACACCAAGUGCUGCUAUAUACGGCCUUCGCCGGCCGACUCGUGUUCGUCAUCGUGUCACAUAUUGUGAAGUAUUUUUUGCACCUUAAUUUAUUUAAUUGUUGUCAUUUGCAAAUAAACUAAAGGAAAAAUUAC